CCGAAACGGGUAGCGGGGACAAUGGCGGCUGGGCCUGGUGUUUCUAUGCAGGGCGGUAGUCCUGCAAGAGAGCUAACUCUCUCUGUUCAACAAGCUGGAAACCAAACUCACGUAGAUCGGGUCAAAACCGAAGAUGUCACAGAAGCAGAGAAGCAGAGUCGCAUGGCUGCUUUGCUGGAGAAGCUUCAUGCCAAACAUAAUGCUUCACGACCAUGGCAGGAGACCAGCAAAGUUGUGCGUCAGGCCAUGGAGAAACGCGGUAUGAUGAAUGCAGCAGGUCACCAGCUCCUGCUCACCUGCCUCGAGACCCUGCAGAGAGCGCUGAAAGUCUCAUCUCUGCCUUCCAUGACAGAUCGUCUUGAAUCCAUCGCUCGACAACACAUGCUGGGUUCCCACCUCAGCCCAUCAGGGACCGAAUGCUACAUCACAUCGGACAUGUUUUAUGUGGAGGUGCAGCUGGACACUGCUGGCCAGUUAAUGGAUGUCAAAGUGGCUCAUCAAGGAGAAAACCCUACGAGUUGCCCUGAGCUGAGUCAGCAUCUAAGGGAGAAGAACUUUGAAGAGUUUUCCAAACACCUGAAAGGACUGGUAGACCUAUACAAGCUCCCUGGAGACAAUAAAUUGAAAACCAAGAUGUAUAUAGCUCUGCAGUCUCUAGAACUUGAUCUCACCAAGAUGAUGCACAUGUUUAGGUUGGCAACCAAUGCUAAUACCGUAGAGACAAUUGUUCACGGCAGUGUGGGCCUGCUGACAGCCAGGAGUGGUGGCCAUCUUGUUUCUCUUCAGUGUUACGUCUCCCCUUAUGACAUAUUUGAGGAGGGAACGGGCUCACACCUCAAUUUAACAGACGGCAAUGUGCCUCACUCCCUUGGUGUCAGUGUUUCUGUCACAAUUGAGGGAACCUCCGCUGUCUAUAAGCUCCCCAUUGCUCCCCUCAUCACUGGAUCACACCCAGUAGACAACAAGGGGACCCCUUCCUUUUCUACUGUCACAAACUCCAACUGUGUGGACCUGCCAGCUUGUUUUUUCCUCAAGAUGAACCGCCCCAUGCCUUUCUCACUUUCCUUCAUUCAGAGGCUGGGCAACGCAACUUCGAUCCCUGUGUUUGAGAGCUCCCCCAGCCUUUCUCCUCUCUACCAGUUAAUCGUCCAGAGCCAGCUCCAGCUCCUGGAGGAGGGGAGCACCACACCACCGCCAUCACACAACAUGCACUUCUAUUCUGUUUUGCCAGAUCAGCAGCACUGUUACUUCCUGAAUGGUGAUGCUCCAGUGCAGGAUGGUCAUUCUCUUCAAGGAGCAUUGGUGACCAAGAUCCCCUUCCGCCACCCAGCACAGGUGCCACUACUGUUGGAUAUCAUACGGCACCAGGCGGCCUAUAACACCUUGAUUGGCAGCUGCGUUAAACGUACUUCUAUUAGAGAAGAUAGCGCAGGCCUGCUGCAGUUUGAAGUAUGCCCUCUUACCGACUCAAGUUUCAGCGUCUCUUUCCAGCAUCCUGUCAAUGAAUCAUUAGUCUGUGUUGUAAUGGAAGUGAUCGACUCCAGGCAGGUAUCCUGCAAGCUAUAUAAAGGACUGUCAGAUGCUCUAAUCUGCACCGAUGAAUUCAUUACCAAAGUGGUCCAGAGAUGCAUGUCCAUCCCUGUAACAAUGCGGGCCAUCAGAAGGAAAGCGGAGACCAUCCAGGCAGACACUCCCGCCCUCUCACUGAUUGCACAGACAGUAGAGAUCAUGGUGAAGAACAACCUGCCACCUUCUGGUAGUCCCACUUACAACAUGGCAGCAGGCGAUGUAACUAAUCCUAUGGGACUGCCUGGGCUUGGAGGGGGCAGCACACCUACUGGCGGAGGACCUCCAGGGGGACCUAAUUUUCCAGGUCCAAUCAGUUCCCUGUUUGGGAUAUCCCGGACAGAGAGGCAAGCCCAAGGAGGGGAAUGCCUAUCCCAAGGUGGGAUGGCUGGGCAGCAGCAGGUGCAACAACAACUUCAGCAACAACAGGCAGGUCAAGGCCAUACAGAUGACUACAGCAAAGUCACACAGAAUCCAAUACUGACAAGUCUAUUACAGACAACUGGAAGUGUAGGUUCUAGUCCCAGCUCCCAGAAUGCACCACAACCCCACCAAACUCCACCCCCAACCUCAUCCCCUGCCAGCAACACCAAGAAUCACCCUAUGCUGAUGAACUUGUUGAAAGACAACCCCACACAAGAUUUUGCUACACUGUAUGGUUCUAGUCCAUUAGAGAGACAGAAUUCCUCAUCUGGCUCACCACGCACAGACAGCAUGGGAGGGACAUGCCCUGGAAGUAGCACAAAAGGGAAGAAAAAGCGUCCAAGGGGGACAGAAAAAGGUGGGGUGUUGCCUGGAACUGCUGCUGGUGGUGGAGGUGGUGCUUUAGGCAUGAAAUCCCAACAGGGAUCCAUGUCGCACCACCAACACCAUCAAGUCACACAUGAGGAUGAUUUCCACCGUGAGCUCCUCUCUAUGGAUGUAGAUGCAUCUCAAAAUUCUAUCUUUGAUGUUAACCUGACUGGUGAUGGCUUAGACACUCCCCACAGCAUCACUCCUGCUCCUAGCCAAUGUGGAACCCCACCCUCUGGCCCCAGUAUGCCUUAUUCGCAGUCUCAUGUCCAGUCGCAGCAACAGCAACCACCAGGUACUGUACCACCUCGUAUGGUACGCCUUUCCAGCUCUGAUAGCAUCGUGCCGGAUAUCACAGAAAUCUUGUCAGAUUUACCUGAGCAAACAGGCAAAGGCAGCAGUGGGAGCCAUGGUCAGCACACGAUGGGCAGUGGAGGAGAGGAUGGAGGCCCCUUAGGUACCCCUAUUCGGGACUCCUCCAGCUCAGGUCAAGGCAGUGCAGUGUUUGACUCGGCUGACAUUUUCAAUACCAACAGCAAUGAGAAUCCUUUUACAGAUGCUGCUGAACUGAUUGCUGAAGCAGCUGCAACUGCAGCCACACCCACCAGUGAUUCCUCUUCUACUAACUUCUUCCCUGAUGCUGCUGACUUCAAUCCUGACCUCCUUACUUCAGGUCAUGGCUUCCCUCAGAGCUACUUUGAUGACAGUUCUCCAAGUGCAGAUGGAGACAUGGACCUAGUCAAGGGUUUUGGCGGAAGUAGCCAACAGAAUACCCCAUCAGGUACACCUCAGAAUCCCACUCCACAUGGGCAGAGCACCCCAGAGCCCUCAUUGAAGGACCCUUUUGAUAUGGGGAUUGUUUUUGGGGGCAACAGCGGUGGUGGUAAACCGCUUCUGGGGCAAGCUCCUGAUUUGGGAGACACACAUGGUGGAGGCUCCCAGAGCCCCCUCAUGAUGGGCCUGGGAGCAGCAUGUGGUGACUUUAAAAGUGCAGAACCCAAAGUGAAACAGCAACAAGGACUCAUGCGGCCAAAGGAUGAAAAUGGGGGAAGCGGAGGAAGCAGCUCUGGAAUGGGAAGUAUUUCAACAGAGGGCAAACAGGUCAAACGUAGCAGGACUCCAUCCAGUGAGGGAAAGUCUAAAGAGAAGCCACCCAAACGCAAAAAGCUGGACCCUGAUGGCAAGUCCCCUUCUCAUAGCUCAGGUGGACGGCCCUAUACACCUCCUAGUGGUGGCUCUGGCUCUGGGGGAAGCAUAAGUGGAGGAGGCUCCAAGUCUCCUGGUAGUUCAGGACGCUCGCAAACACCUCCUGGUGGUGGCACCCUUCGAAUUCCUAAAAUAACAAUUCAGAUUCAAAAAGGGACCAUAACUGGGGGGAAAACUUCAUCCCAUAGUGGAUACACCUCUAGCAGCUCAUCUACAGGCAGCACAGGAGGAGCAGGUGGAACCAGCAGCAGUAAAAGCCACCAUUCUCAUUCCUCCUCUUCUGGGAAGAUCAAGUCCAAAGAAGGCUCCAUGGCACAAGGCAACAGUUCCAAGCCAGGGAGUGUCGGAGUAGGGGUUGGAGGGGGGCCAUCCCAGUCGAAAGGCUCCUCCCAAGGUAUGGGUGUUGGAAAACCGGGAUCAUCCCCCAUCACCAAGCAUGGGCUGUCUGGGCCUGGAGGUAGUGGAGGCGGAAUGGGAAGUAGUAGUAAAAUGAAGCCUCAGGGGGGCAAGCCUUCUGGGUCUCUUAUGAAUCCCAGCAUAAAGCCCAACAUCUCCCCUUCUCACUCCCGCUCCAGUAGCUCUGGUGACAAAUUGUCCUCCCCUAUGAAAAUGCAGCAGUCCCAGGUUCCAGGAACACCCCCUUCUUCUAAGGCUAAAUCACCAAUGGGCUCAGGUGGUGGCAGUUCAGGAGGGUCCAAGUCUUCUUCUGGUGGAGGCAUUAGUUCCCAGAAACCAAUGGGUGGGAGCUCCUCCUCUGGUUCCACAUCUUCCUCAUCAUCCUCGAAUUCUUCCUCUUCAUCUGGUUCCAUGAACUUCUCUGGAGGAUCCCAGUCUCAGUAUGGGGGUGGCGGAGGUGGAAGUGGAGGAGGAGGGGCAGGAGGAGGGAGUGGAAGUGGAGGUAGUGGUGGAGGCGGAGGGGGUGGAGGCGGAGGAGGUAGCGGGGGUGGUCAAAAUAAUUCAAACAACCCCAACGCGAAAGGAAAGUCUCCCAGUCGAAACAAGAAGCCUUCUCUUACGGCAGUCAUAGACAAACUGAAGAGCGUAGGUGGUGGGGGGGUGGGAGAGGAUGGUUGUGAGGUUGGUCCACCAGGAGGGGGAACUGGUUCUGGAUCUGCUCCUGGAAGUGUUCCCAGCAGUGGAUCUUCAAACAUGGGCCCUUCCAAGCAUUCCACAUCGUCCUCAAGUGGGGAGUACAAGCGGGAAAAGUCUGAUAAGGAAGGAAAAGCAAAAGUUUCUGUUUCAGUGGGAAACAGUGGGGAUAAAAAGCUGAUGGAUCCAAAAACAGGAGGGGUGAGCAUGACCGGUCUGGCCAAAAUCAUCAUCAGCAAACCUGAUGGAGGCUCACCUAGCAUCAAGGCCAAAGUGACCCCUCAGAAACCUGGGGAAGGAUCUGGUGAGUCUAUGCGUCCUCAAAUUUCUAGCCUCAAAGCUUCCCCUCUUUUCAGUGGCUCAACUCCCAAGCAUGACCGCUCCUCACCAAGCCACAGCCGCUCACCAGGAUACACCCCGCUCAACCAUGACAGCGAGAGCGAGUCGGGCAGCAGCUCGGUAGCAGAAAAGUCCCACCAAAACAGUCCAAGCUCAGACGACGACCAGACCAUGCGCCCUCUUCACCCACAGGACUACAUGAGCUCCAUCCCCGUCAGCUCAGGGGAGAAGCACAAGAAACACAAGAAAGAGAAAAAGAAGCAGAAAGAGAGGGAACGGGAGAGGGACAGAGACCGAGAACGGGACAGAGAGAAAGAGAAAAAUAAGUCAUCCAUGUCCAUUGGUCCUUCCUCGCAUCCAAUAAAAGCAGACAGCUGGUCAAGGUCACCCAUCUCAGCCUCAGAGUCGUCUCUGUCCAUGCUGGGUUCAGAGCGUCCAUCCCGGCCAAGCCCGAUGUAUAUGAGAAAUGAAGAUGAUGACCUCAUGGACUCAGCUCUCACUGGCAACCUUUAAUUUUAUUCACCCACUUUAUUUUACUGGCAUACCUUUUUAAAGCACGCCUUUUAAGCAAACAAUUUUACUCUAAUUUAUUUAACUCAAGCAAUUUAACUCAAAUUGAAACAGAACAAUAUUGUGGGUCCUUGAGUGAUCAUUUACCUGUUGAAGCUGUAUUUCACUGUCAUAUUUUACUGUUGGAGUAUCGGUGUAUAUUAGGCGAUUGUGAUGUCAGUUUUAUAUGAUGCUACAUGUUCAUCCUAAUCCACUUCAGAAUACCAACUUCCUUGAUCGUCAUUAAGGAAUUGGCUUUAAACAGUAUAUUUUUCAGAGAAAUUUACAUUGUUUUUAUCUUUCCCGUGAUGUCAGAAGGUCUUUGCUGUCAGUUAAUGUUUCUGUUUAUUCCACGUCAUACUGUUCAUGUCUUUGUUGUUAAAAACCUCCCAUAAUGCCACCAUAUUGUAUGUUCUCAAAAUAAGUAUGUUUUAAAAAGUAUUGUAAAGCAAGAAGGGUACAGUGUUCAGUUGCCUUGUUUUUCAGAUACAACUGGGAAUUUGUAGAUUUUGAUACAUUUUAAAUGGUUGUGUAAAUUAGUGUAGGUAAAGAGGAGGUGCUACAGAUUAUGAUGAUAAUAAUGAUGAUGAUGGAGGAAAAGAGACAUACUGGUAACUUUUUUUAAACUGUAGAAGUUUUGGAAGCCUGAAAUAAACAUUUCACUUCUGGAAAAA